GGGGUUUAAAAAGUACUCUUAAUCAUAUGUCUGGUAUUCAGUCUACUACGGAUCUCGGGAAGUAUUUAGGCGCUCCUAUAAUCCAUGGGCGGAAGUCUAAGGAUAAAUUUGCCUUUAUUCUUGAUCGGGUGAAACAGAGGUUGGCAGCAUGGAAAGAGAAAUUAUUAAAUCUGGCCGGCAGGAAAACGUUGAUCCAAUCAUUGACUACGGCUAUCCCACAAUAUGUUAUGCAAACCUCUUUGCUCCCGUUAAGCAUAUGUGAUAGGCUUGAUCAACUCAACAGAGAUUUCCUAUGGGGUCAUAAUGAAGGAACCCGUAAAAUUCAUCUUGUCAAUUGGGAGGAUGUUUGUAAACCAAAGGAUUCGGGUGGUUUGGGUCUCCGGAAAGCUCGGGAUAAUAAUUUGGCUCUAAUAGCUAAACUGGGUUGGGAAAUCGUGAUGGGAACUCAAAAGCUUUGGGUUCAGAUUAUGAAGGCAAAAUAUGUUAAAAACUUGUCUUUCUGGGAAAUAGAAAGGAAAGCAGAUUCCUCUCACAUUUGGCGGGAUAUUUUACGUAGCAAGGACAUCAUUCGUAAUGGGCUCGGAUGGCAGGUGGGAGACGGGAAAGAGAUCUCCUUUUGGUUCGAUAUUUGGGUGAAAGAUAAACCCCUCCAUGAAGAACUUGAUUCCCCGUUAGCGGCUUCUGCACGACAGGUCAAAGUGGCUGAUUUUUUACUGAGCAACCGAGAUUGGGAUAUCUCAAAACUGGAGACAUUACUCCCUGAGGAAGUCGUAGAGGAGGUGAAUGAAGAUUGGAGCUGGUUAUGGAAGAUACGCACGUCCGAGAAAGUACGAUGUUUUCUUUGGCUUGUGAUGAAAAAUAAACUGCUCACCAAUGCAGAAAGAGGUAAACGACACAUCACUGAAGAUACUUCUUGUAAUCUUUGUAACAACGAGGAGGAAACAGUGCUCCAUAUCCUCCGAGACUGCCCUUUUGCCAUGGCAGUUUGGAGGAAAAGCGGGUUGGGCUUGCCGAGAAUCGGAGAUAUGAGUCCAACCAGUCUCGAGUGGGUCCAUAGCCACUGUAAAGCUGCAGGAGACACUUCGGGUAGAACACCUCAUGCUUCCAGGUUUGCAUAUACAGCUUGGUUGGUUUGGAAGUCAAGAAAUUCUUGGAUCUUUGAGGGAAAGAAGCCUGAUGUGGAUCGGAUAGUUAGGAAGGCACACCUUUUAGCUGAGGAAUACACUAAUAUAACCAUUCUCAAUAGUAUCAAGCAACAGAAGGAGGCUAAAAUUGUUAAGUGGAUUCCCCCAGAAUCGGGAUUCUUCAAGCUAAAUUGUGAUGGGUCUAGCCGAGGAAGGAGAAAGGGAGCCGGGGCAGGUGGACUAAUACGCAACCACAAAGGUGAAUGGGUGAGUGGCUUUAUACUAAAUAUUGGAAAGACGGAAUGUUUUAAAUCAGAGCUUUGGGCUCUAAGACAGGGUUUAUUGUUAGCUUGUGAUCUCGAUAUAAAUAAAGUUAUUGUGGAAGUUGAUUCUGAAAGUAUGCUAAAAGUUGUUAAGAAGAAAAAUAGUCUCACCAACAGAAUAGGGGUGUUGGUUCGGGAUUGUCAAAAGCUUCUUGCAGAUGAAAGAUUUAUCAAAUUUCAACACACUUUUCGCGAAGGAAAUAAUUGUGCAGAUUCACUAGCUAAUGCCGCUCACGAGUCAGCAAAGGGUCUCUUAAUACUCCACGAACCACCUGUCUGGAUCAAGAGUUUACUUCAGGAGGAUGCUAAUGGUUUUGAGCGUAUUAGAUAUUAAUGUAUUUCUGUUUUUUCACUUCCGAUGUAACCAAAAAAAGUUACUAGAGUCACACUUUU